CAAGAGGAAGAAGGGGACGGCGGAGGGCUGCAGAGAAAACCAGAAGAAAAAGCAAAAACUACCUGCUCACCAGCGAGGUGGGAGAGUGCCCAGGUCUGUUCUGGGAAGCCAGAGCCAUGCAGUUCUCCAGCGCAGCCAGAACAGUGGACGAGAACGUGGACUAUUUGUUCAAGGUCAUCCUUAUUGGGGACUCCAAUGUGGGGAAGACGUGUGUGGUUCAGCACUUCAAAUCUGGGGUCUACAGUGAGUCACAGCAGAACACCAUUGGGGUGGACUUCACAGUGCGCUCCCUCGAGAUAGAUGGCAAGAAGGUGAAGAUGCAGGUGUGGGACACUGCAGGCCAGGAGCGCUUCCGUACCAUCACCCAAAGCUACUACCGGAGCGCCCACGCGGCCAUUAUUGCCUAUGACCUCACGCGGCGGUCCACAUUCGAGUCUGUCCCUCACUGGAUUCAUGAGAUAGAGAAAUAUGGAGCCGCCAACUUGGUCAUCAUGCUGAUCGGGAACAAAUCAGACCUGUGGGAGAAACGCCACGUCCUGUUUGAGGAUGCCUGCACACUGGCUGAGAAGUAUGGCCUCCUGGCUGUCUUGGAGACAUCCGCCAAAGAGUCCAGGAACAUAGAUGAAGUCUUUGUGCUCAUGGCGAAGGAGUUAAUUGCCCGAAACAGCCUGCACCUAUAUGGGGAGAGUGCCCAGCAAGGUCUUCCCCAGGAUUCCAGCCCAGUUCUUGUGGCCCAUGUCCCCAGUGAGCGCACUCACUGUACUUGCUGACCAUGUGUGGGAGGCCAGCACACAAGCCAGGGUAUCCAGAUGCCAGUGUCUCCCCGGUAGCAUCGAAGGCUGAGCCUUACUGAUGGGCAGCACAGACUCUCAGGAAAGGGGACACCACUGUCCUCAAGGACUCCUAUUGAAAUGAGGACUUCAGGCCCUGGAGGAAGAGGGUUAGGAUGGAUUUUUCCCAUACUGGUCUCUGCCUCCCCAAUGCCCAGCAGUUUUAUAGUGGAGUUUGCUUCUCUGUUGUACAAAGACAGUAGUUAAGUAGGGAGCAGGAAUAUGCAGAAAGGAUAUUUGGAACAUUCUAGAUUUGGGAACAGCCCAGGUACUAUUGGGAAAGGCCUGUAAUGAAAAGUCAGCCUGCUUUCCAACAGUCAACACAACCAGGCCUUCUUCCUGAGGAGCAAGGCCUUUUGACCUAGAAGCCAGCAAUGCCUUCUUGCUUCUUGGUUAGGAACUAGGAGGCAGAUAGAACUGGCUUGCCCUCUGUUAAUCUGUUUGACCAAGAAUUCUUAAAACAUCAAAAUAUCUCCUGUACAGAAGUCAGUCCUGCGUUGAAAUUAAAUUGUCCUUACAUUAUUAGCAAA